CGACUGCAUUCCUCCACUUAAAGACAAAAUGGAGUCUUCAAAAAUGUUUUUGCUAAAAUUACUUUGCCUUGAGAUAUUCAUACUGCAGUAUGUUUCAGCGGAGUGUGAUUCGAAAAAUGGACCUCCCGGGUCUCCAGAGUGUGUUCUUAUUUCAAAUCCACAUUAUGAUAGACACCAGUGGGGUACAUGUGUAACAAAUAAUUACAUGCAAACAGCUUCCAAAGGAAAGUUUUCAUGUGUAGAGAAACAUGCAACAUAUUGUUAUUAUCAGUGCAUGCUGGAGAAACAUAAAGUUGAAUCAGGAACUGUUUCCAAAGACUGCGAGUGUAAUCCAGACCAAAGCCUGCCGAUCAAUGAUCUUCCCAGCUGGUGUUACAGUCCUUCUGGAGAUAAUUGUGACUGGUACUCUCAGUGUCUGGAGAAAAAAUUCCCUUGCCAAAAUAUGCAUCAAACAUCAUAUGCCAUAAACAAUGGUGUUAGGUUUUGCCAGCUUUAUCAAGAUCACUUCAAGCUGUUUUCAACAACAGGCCAGAAAUGGAUUAACGGUGUUCGUGGGUGCUUACAAGUUGCACUUGUACCUUUGUUGCGUCCUUUUCGAAAAGUAACGUGCAACGAAAUACAAGAAAAAGCAUUUAACUCUCAUGUUGACUGCUAUGUUAAUCCUAAUAAAGAUGUGCCAUCCUAUUGCUCUUUAUCGGACCUUGACAGAUUCAAAGUCCUAUUCACAGUUGGACCUUCACUUUUUUUAAAUUGUGUGAAAAAAGUAUACCCUGAGGCAUGCGCAAAUAUAUAUGAAUCGGCCAAACAAUUGGUGAAUGUAGUGUAUAUCAGUUGCCCGAUCCAUAAAGUUGAAUCAUUUAUCAAGGGUUUCCAAAUUUUAUUUUCGAAUUCCUUUGAGAAUUCUAAAAGAUAUCGAAGAACAGCUACAGCAACAGACGACUACAAUAAAGGAACAGAUCUGAUCGUUUCUAUUGAGAAAAGAUUAAGAUGGAAGCUACGCGGAGUCACAUGGCUGGGAUAUUUUCAGAAUAACACAUUAAGAAACGACUUGGAGUCAUUGGAAAAUAAAACCAUUUCUCGAACCUUUCAUAUAUUAUUAGCACCAAGCAAAUUGUACAACUUAAAUUGCAAGACAAAUGUUACAAAGGAUAUAAACAUGACUGAAAUUGUGAACGAAAUGUGA